CCUUCGGCAUAUCACCAAAAUUUUAUUUUCUUAUUGGACUCUAUUGGAUAUCUUUGCUAGAAAAUCCAAAUUCAACAGAACAAAUUUAAAAAGAAAUCAUAAAAUAUUCAAAAAUAAUUAUAAAAGUAGUGCGCAGACGUUUUCCAUCCACAAACCGUAUUGUGCAAAAAUGAAUAUAAAUUUACCAAAUUUCAAUGUAAAAAAUCUGGUGAAGGAGGCGGGAAGUACUCUGUCCAGAGUGGUGCAGCUAACGGAAGAAAAACUCGGCACCACAGAGCGCACAGAGUACGAUAAUGAGUUCCAGAAUCUAGCUGAACGUGCCGAUAUAACCAAAACGUGGACAGAAAAAAUUGUGCGUGAUACCGAGACAGUAUUAAUACCCAAUCCACAAAACCGCAUAGAAGAUUUUAUUUUUGAAAAAAUCGAAAAAACUAAACCACAACGACUGAGCAACUUAGAGCACUUGGCUUUAGGUAUGAUAGAGGCCGGUGGAGAUUUCGGUCAAGAUUUACCAUACGGUCAAGCUUUAAUAAAAGUUGGUCAAGCCGAACAGAAACUGGGGCAAUGCGAACGAGAUUUUAUUGCAUCCUCCGGCAUAUGUUUCACUCAACCCUUGCGUAAAUUCUUAGAGGGUGAAAUGAAAACAAUAACGAAGGAACGCGGUAUAUUAGAAACCAAACGACUUGAUUUGGAUGCUUGCAAAAAUCGGGUUAAGAAAGCUAGAAGCAUGUUAGGACAACAGGCGAAAGAUGGUGUCUCCCCAGAGGCAGUGCUUGAGCAGGCCGAACGUGACUUGCGUGUCGCACAGGCGGAAUUCGAUCGUCAGUCAGAGAUUACCAAAGUAUUACUUGAGGGCAUCAGCACUUCACAGGCAUCUCAUUUAAGACAUUUGCAUGCAUUUGUUGAAACACAAGUGCGUUAUUACAAGCACUGCAUGGAUGCGAUGAACAAUUUGCAACGCGAUUUGGCCAAUUUGGGAGGCCCCACUCCAUACGUACCAAUCGAUAUAUACAACGAUAAUGAUGGUAGUGCCGCUGGUGGCAUUGGACUCAAUGCUGGCGUUGGCAUUGGCAACGCUGGCGGUGGUGCUGCAGCCGGUGUGGCUGCUGGAAGCGGUGCUAGAAGACGCAACCCAGGCGAUCCAACACUAAAUGCUGACCAAAUGCGACGCGCACGUGUGCUAUGCGCUUACGAUGCAAAAGAUCACACCGAAUUGAAUUUAAAUGCUAACGAGGUAAUAUUCGUAACUGAAUGUUCACCUGUAAAUCCGGAUUACAUGUAUGGCAAGCAGGGCUUAUUGAAGGGACUGGUGCCACGCGCUUUUCUCGAAAUGCUCGAUGACGAAGGAAAUGACACGUAUGCAGGCAAUAAUGAUUAUUAAGGGAACGUCUGAUAAUAGCAUUUAAAGUGCAAUAGUUCACUUAUGCAAAGCAAAAAAAAAAUGUACACCACACGUUCCAUAAGUUUAAAAAAGCAAUGUUAAGGAAAAUCCACAAAUACUCAUAAAAUUUAUUUAAUUUAUACCUAUUUAUUUAGCGUUACGUAAAAUGCAGAAUACAAGCAAAGAUAUAACAACAUAGACGGUAUAUACAUAUAAAUAGCAAUGUUAAAUUGACCUAGAAAUUGCAGUACAAUAAUAAAAAAAUUAUACAAAUAAUAAAUAUAUAAAUCGAAUAACACCGCUACAAAAUGAAAAUAUUAAUAAUUUUUAAAAUAUGUUGCGACCAAAAUAUGUUAUAGAAAAAUUGCUUAGAGACGGUCCGUUGUUAUCUAGAACUAUAGUAGCGGCUAAGUUUGCUAAAUAAUAAACCAAGUGGUAGCGAGUGGUACAAUAAUAUGUCUAUAAUGCCUGUUGUUAUAAACUACGAACCGCACGAUAAUCAUAAUUACAACAUACGUAUUAGUACAUAGCGUUAAUAUUUCAUUUUUAGAAAAUUCUUUAAGUCGGCGCAGCAUUUGUAUGCAUACAAGUAUAUAAAGUAAACACUAUUUAUAUUUGGAAUUUUUAGUUAUACGUUUUAUUUUAGUGUUUUACUUUUUUAGUUUAAUUAAUAGUUCUUUGUGUCUUCCAGUACCAGAAAUCUUAAAAAAUAUGCCAGUAAUUUGGUUUUAAUUGUUAUUAAAGAAUCUCCACACCUUCUUAGCUAUAAUUGAAGCAUUGGUAUUUUAAAAGAAAAAAAUUAAAAGACAAUUAUUUGUUUAUGUGAAAAGGGCUUUAUUAUAUGUUUUUACAUGUAAUUGUGUUAAUUUAAAAACAAAAUGAAAUUUACAGUUCUUAAAGCUGCUGCCUGAUCGUCAAUUGAAAAUCCAUCAAAUUAACAAAUAAAUUCAGCAAGCUAAUUAAAAUAUAAUAUAUACUAUAUGCUUGCAGAUCACUUAAAAAAUAUUCCAGAUUAUUUAAGGUGCAAUUAAGGCGGGUCAAUUAGACAAAUAUAAGUGUCUUUGCCAUUAGCAGUGUACAGGCAGUAUUUUUCGCUUCUCUGAUAUUUUUUGUGCAAAUAAAAAUAUAGAUCGUAUAGUUUGUAUAUACAUGUGGUAUAUACAUAUAUUAUAAAAAAAUAUAUAAAGUAUAUUACAAGUUAUUUGUGCAAUUUUCUUCAAUAUAGUGCAAUUAAAAUUAAAAAUAUUUCAAUUUAAAUCUACAUAUUUCUUAUACUAUAACUCGAUUUGUUUCAUAUGCCUAAUCAUAUAAAAUACAAAAAUAUAAUCUUAAUGCUUAAAUAAAUACUAAAUAAAAGUAAAAACAAAAAUAUCAUAUAAGUGAAUAAACAAUUACAACGAAACACAAUGAAUUGGUUUCCCCAAAACUUUAACCAUUUGUUAUACUUUUCGCCUUAAAUAUACUAUUAAUAAUUUGAGGUUAUGCCAUUAACUUUGCAACAACAUCAAUUAUGUGUAAUUAAAAAAAGCAAUUUGUCUUCUUCUUCUCUUACUUAACUUUAAUAAAUGCAAUUGCAAAAUCAAAUAGCAAAAACUAAUACCAAUCAUAUAAAGGAACAAAUAUAUGUACACCAAGUGUUAUCCUGGUUAACAUGGAGAACGUAUGUGUGCCUCGUGCAUGUGGCAAUAAUUUAUUUCUAGCGAUUCGUUGUUUAGUAGUUAAUUUAUUAUGUACAAUAGUAGUGAGAAAAAAUAGCAAACGUAAUCGCGUAGAAUUUUUAGAAAGACAUACAAAUAUACAUACACAUAGUUUCACAAACCUAAAUAGCAUACACAAUACGCUUGAGUGAAAAUGUACCUCCAUUUGUGUAAUUUAAUAACUUUUGUCUAGCAUACAAAAUUGUAUUAUUAUUGACUUUAUGUAAUUAUUUGGUUAUUUCAAGCCGCUCUGCCACGAUUUGUCAGCACUUUACUUUGUUGAAUAUGCAAAUGAAACGUUUUCGAUUACUUACUUCAUUCCCGUAAUAUUAAAAACAUAAAUGUAUUACAAAUAAUAAAGCAAAAAAUUAAACAAAUAAAUCGUAA